ACCAUCCGGAAGGUGACCCGUCCCUUUUCCCUUACCUCACCUCACCUUCUUCGUCUACCUUCCUUCAUUCACUUGGCCUAUAGAUCUCCUCCCUCCAAGGACUCUCACUCAGCAAGCGCACGGUCGGAAUCCAAUCCAAGCAGCUCAGCUAGCUCCAAGAACAGCCGCCAGCCGGCGCACUCCUCGCCCCCUGCGCGCGCGCGGCAAUAAUGUCUUCCAACGGCAAGCCCAAUCCGCAGCCGCCGGCCGCUGCCGCCGCCACCAACGGGGCUGGCGCCGGCGGUGCGCCCAAGAUGUACCAGCGCCCCAUCUACCGCCCGCAGGGCCCCGCCAAGGGCCGCCGCGGCGGGGGCGGGCGCUCCUCCUGCCGCUUCAGCUGCUGCUGCUGCUUCUUCUGGGCCGUGCUCGUCGUGCUCCUCCUCGCCCUCGUCGCCGCCGUCGCCGGCGGCGCCUUCUACCUCCUCUACCGCCCCCACCGCCCGGCCUUCACCCUCUCCGUCGCGCGCGUCAACAAGCUCAGCCUCUCCAGCUCCGCCACGGCGCCCGCGCUCACCGACUCCAUCGACUUCACGCUCACCGCCAAGAACCCCAACAAGAAGCUCGUCUACCUCUACGACGACUUCACCGUCACCGCGGCCACGGCCGCCAACGCCGUGCCGCUCGGGGAGGCGACCGUGCCAGGGUUCGCGCACGAGGCCAACAACAUCACCGUCAUCAAGGCCACCGUCUCCGCCGCCGCGCUCGGGGUCGACCCUACCGCGGCUAGCUCCGACAUCAAGAAGUCCGGCACCUUCGCAAUCACCCUCGACCUGGAGACCAAGGCGGGUGUCAAGGUGGGCGGGCUCAGGACCAAGAAGAUCGGCAUCCAGGUGCACUGCGAUGGCAUCAAGGUGGCCGCGCCCGCACCGGCACCGGCCAAGAAGGGAGUGAAGCUCACUACCGCAAAGGCGCCAGCGAAGUCGCCAGCCGUUGUGGAGGCCCCGGCGCCGUCCACUGCCGCCGCCGACGACGCGACCACCAGUCCCCCGGCGGCGACCACCGUCGCGCGCGUGUGCCAGGUCAGGAUCCGAGUCAAGAUCUGGAAAUGGACCUUCUAG